AUGGACUCCCCGGCGGUCAAUCGUCUCUUUCGACGACUUGCUACCCAUCGAUUCUGUCAGGACGCAAUCAAGAGCCAAUGGCGCUGCCAGAGCACGCGCACCAAGACCAUCCCUGUUCCGGAAACGAAAAAGAGAGAAGAGGGCAGUUCGUGGCAGCAGAGGACCGACCACUUUCCUAUCGAUAAGGCGGAAGAAUACAAGAGAUAUCCCAAUGUCACGGCAGAUCAAUUGCGCGGUAGGAGGGAGAGGCCGCGAAGGGUGAAGAUGUUGAUGAGGGACUUCAUCGAGGACAGCUUAUACAACCCGCAUUACGGCUACUUCAGCAAGAAUGUCACAAUCUUCUCGCCCGGAGCGCCUUUCGACUUCAAUAAGAUACGGGAUGAGCCGGAGUUUCACAGGUUGCUGGGUGAGAGGUACAUACAAUUUGAGGACCAACUGGAUGAGCAGGACUACAACCACGCGAGACAGCUCUGGCAUACCCCGUCAGAGCUUUUCCGGCCGUUCUAUGGAGAGGCAAUCGCGAGAUACAUGGUGGCAAACUACAAGUUGACCUUGUAUCCUUAUCACGAUCUCGUCAUCUAUGAGAUGGGAGCUGGUAAUGGAACCUUGAUGAUGAACAUUCUGGACUACAUCCGGCACGCGGAUCCAGAGGUCUACGCGCGGACGAAAUACAGAGUGAUCGAGGUAUCCAGUGCGUUGGCAAGUCUUCAGACGCAGAAAAUCAAGAAGACGGCGACGAGCAGAGGCCAUCACGACAAAGUUGAAAUCAUCAACAAAUCCAUCUUCGACUGGGAUCUCUACGUUCCUACACCCUGCUUCUUCCUUGCGAUGGAGGUCUUUGACAACUUUGCCCACGAUGUCAUUCGAUACGAUCCAUUCACAGAAGAGGUCAUGCAAGGCUCCGUCCUCAUCGACAACGACGGCGACUUUUACGAAUUUUACUCCCGCACUCUCGAUCCAGUUGCAUCGCGCUUCUUGCGGGUAAGGGACGCAGCAUGUCAAGACAGAGCUUUUCCACACCCACUGCGAGGCUCGAAACUUCUACGCACCCUUCGUCAUCAGCUUCCACUGGCUCCCAACCUCACUCUGCCAGAAUACAUCCCCACCCGCCUCAUGCAGUUCUUCUCGAUCCUCUCGGCCAAAUUUCCAGCGCACAGACUCAUCACAUCAGAUUUUCACAGCCUGCCAGACGCAACAGCAGGCUACAACGCACCUGUGGUACAAACACGAUACGAACGAAGGACAGUGCCUGUGCGAACGCCCUUGGUCCAACAAGGAUACUUUGAUAUCUUGUUCCCGACAGACUUCGGGGUGAUGGAAGACUUGUACAGAGCUACCACGGGAAGGCUGACGAGGGUGAUGACGCAUGAAGAUUUCUUCCAACGCUGGGCGUACGUGGAAGAUACGCAGAUGAGGAGCGGCGAGAAUGCGUUGCUGGGAUGGUAUAAGAAUGCUAGUGUCAUGGUGACAGUGUAG